GCUUCCUGAACGGCUGAGGAGGAGGACGCAGCUGCCUGGACAUCUUAAUUACUGCGAAAAUCUUUCUCUCGUUCCUGGCUGGGAAGUCUGGAGGCUGGACAGGCGAGGUGAAGGAGACGGAGACGCAAAGCAGCCGCCACACACCCGAAAGGAGCUAUGGGCGCGGGAAGCUCUGCAGAGCGGAGCUCGCAGGACGGGGCCACUGCAGCAGGAGAGUCCCAGCCCAGCAGCCCCGAGGCAGAGACGCCGACAGCGGCUCUGGCUGAGCAGGAGCAGCUGGAGGACGCCGCCAAGCUUUUACAGAAGAAUGGACAGAUAUCCACUAUUAAUGGAACUGCAGAAGAGCAAGUGGAGCUCAACCUUAAGCCAGAGGAACUGAAUGGACAACAGGCAGAAGAAGUUGUAGCAGAUGGUAAGGAGACGUCUACAGUGGUAGGAGAUCUUACAUCAAGCUGUGGAAAAGGCAAGUCUGAAAUUGGGACCAUAGCCCUUGUUCUAUAA